GUUUGGCCGUCUAAAAACCCUAAACGAGCGUCUCCUCGAAUCCCUCGCUUGCUCUUUCUUGUCCUCUCGAUCGAAGAGGAUGGCUAGGGUUUUCUCUCGGAUUACAAGUAAGGGAAUUGCCAACCGCUUGCUCUCAGCCCCCUCUCGUCAGAUGCCGGCCGGCAACGGCUUCCAAUCCCUUGAGCCGCCCACUUUUGCGAGCACUUUGAUCAGGGUUUUCUCUCAGAUGGCAAGUAAGGGAAUUGCCAACCGCUUGCUCUCGGCUCCAUCUCGUCAUAUUCCGGCCGGAAACGGCUUCCAAUCCUUCGAGCCGCCCACUUUCGCGAGCACUUUUCCAAUCCUUCGAGUGCGAUUGAUUUUCAAUUUUUUGUUUGUAUUGGUUUUUAAAUAGUAAAUUAGUUCCUGUACAUAUUGUAGUCUAUGUCUGUCUUUCUUCGAUACUUGAGUGGUUUUAAUUAGGUCCUUAUUUUAACUCCUCAGAUCACAUGUAGCUAUGUUCUCCUUACGUUCUCUUCUUGUGUUUAUUCAUUCGAAUCUUUUUCUAACAACAUGUAUGUAUUUAAAUUUUGAAUUUUCCUUCUUAGUUUAAGUUCCUCAUAUCUACAUGUAGUUAUCGUAUGGACUAGGAGGCUAAGUAUGAUUAUUUUGGGCCUAUAUUCAGUUUCAUUUUUUCCCCUACACCAUGAUGCUUAUCUUGGUCUGGAUGUUUUUUGGAUUUAUGCCAGUUUAUCAUCAAGGAUGAUUAACUAAAACACUCUGAAUCAGUACUGGAUUUUAACACCAAGCUUGGAGCAUGCCAACUUUGCUAGGAGCCCUCCCUUUUUGUACUUGUUUUAUAUCAACAAUACUUAAAACCUUCUUCUGUACAUUUAUGAUGGCUCCUCCUAUUGUUAUCCCUAAUGUUCAGAUGUUGCAAGUACUCAGGCAUCAAUUUGUUUUUGAUCUGAACUCGUCACAAUUAUGAUGCCACCCAGACUUCUUUCUUAUUGGUAGAAUGUUUUCCUUUUCUAAAAACUAGGUAUUUCAAUUGUGAGAUAUUGUAAAGGCAUCAAUUUAUUUUUGUCUUGAACUUGGAACAAUAAUGAUACCGCACCGACUUCUUUUUUAGCCAAGUUUUGACAUUAGUGGUAGAGUGUUUUCCUUUCUUGAAAUCAGAUAUUUCAAUUGUGAGAUACCAUCUGUGUAAUCAGCUCUAGAAUAAAUGGGUCUCAUGGCUUGUUGUAUGGUCGUGAUGCUUUCAAGUACUUAGGUCAUUUAAGGUUAUUAUUUGUGCUUAUUAUUGAGAUUGUCAUAGCAUCUACUAUCGUUUUUUCUCCAACCAGUGUUAUAAGUUACCUUGCAUGCAUUCCUUUACUGAUUUAAGUUGCAAUGAUAUUCCAAUGUUGAAUCUUUCAUCGCAUGGAUUUUUUAUAUUAUUGGUAGGGCUCCACUUCUCACGUGCAGCACUCAUUAAGACAUCCAUCUUUGUUAUUACGUUUUGCGUUUACAUCUUCCUCAUCCCCUGAUCCUGAAAAGAAGCUAAAACAAUCUGAUGUAAGUAGCACUGAGAAUGACAACAAUAGUGGUGAUGCUAUUAGUUCCGAGAAAUCACAUGAUGCAUAUGUUAGUUUGGAAUCUAAAGGCUCCAACCCUCUUUUUAAUAAAAGAAAGUGUACAAAAAGAAUUGAAUUUUUUGAUUCAGAGGAACAUAAAGACUUGACGUUUGAUGAUCUAGUCAAUCUUGUAGCCGAGAAGGAAGAGUUACUAAAAUUGAAGCACAAGGAGAUCGAAAAAAUGCAAGAUAAAGUUCUUCGUAGUUAUGCUGAAUUGGAAAAUGUUAUUGUCAGGACAAAGCGUGAGGCGGAAAGGUCAAAAAAGUUUGCAAUACAGAGUUUUGCUAAGGACCUGGUAGAUGUGGCUGACAAUCUUGGAAGAGCUUUAUCGGUUGCCAAGGAUAAUUUCUCGGAGAUAGACGAAUCCAAAGACUCUAUUGAAGCUGUUCCAGUUAUAAUGGCCUUGCUCGAGGGUGUUGAAAUGACCAAUAAACAACUUGCAGAUGUGUUCAGGAAAUUUGGAGUGGAGAAGUUUGAUCCUUUGAACGAACAGUUUGAUCCACACAGGCAUCAUGCAGUUUUCCAGAUACCAGAUUCUUCCAAACUACCUGGCACAGUAGCUACUGUUUUGAAGCCUGGUUAUAUGUUACAUGAUUUUGUUAUUCGUCCAGCUGAAGUUGGUGUAACUCGAGCUAUAGAUGAAACAAACCAAAAUUUCAGCGAAUGAAAAUCAGCGUUCUGUUCCGAUCAAAUUUUUUUAAGAAGUUAUCUUUAUGGACUUCAGAUCAUUUUUUCAUUUUUUUGCUUACCUUAAAAUCGUAGUUGUUAUUUUGUUCUUUUUGUCAAUAGGAUUAUGUCCCUGCUGUAUUUAUUAAUUUCAGUCCGGAUGCAGUGGUUCAUUUAACACAGUCAAUUUAAGUUUUUGGGAUACUGCAUGCAA